GGUUACACUCCCUCCCCCCUCUCCCCCGUUGUUCUUAGUGGGUAGGAAAGCUUGGAAUGCAAAGUCCAGAAGCCAGGCUACAUGUUUUCUCUGAAAAAGAAACCUGCCCAUCACACUCAAAAUUUCUGGUCCCUGCAGCCAACGGCCAGCCCCCUAGACUUGGAGGGAUUGUACCAAGAGGAAGGGGAGAUCUGACAAGAAAAUCUCCCCUCCUGAUCCCGUUUAGCCCCCUGACAAACAGCGGCUAAGUGGCCUCCUCCGAAAAGCUCUUGUCACUUAGUUCCUCUAGCUCCCGUAGCAGAUGGGUGGGGCCGGGAAGUUCCUUGGAAAGUGUAAUCUGAGUUAAAAAAAAAAAAAAGAAAGAAAAAGAAAAGAAAGAAAGAAAGAACUCAUAAUUCCUGAGGACACAAUCUGAAACCUGAGACUCUCAACUAGGGAGUCCUUUCACAGAGGGAGGGUGAGAGAGGAAGAAAGAAAGGGAGAGAGAAAAAGGGUUAAAGAGAGUCUAAACUCCGUGGUCAGCACAAAGAGCUGAGCACAGCUUGAACCGUGUCCCCAUGUUGCUAACUGGCCAGAUUAAGUGGUCAGCCCUGCUGCUGGCCAUGGUGAUCUCUUCUCUCUGCUUAGCCCUUCCUUUAGACGAAGAUCGGAAAGCACUCAUAAAGAAAGAAGAGAUGUUGCAAAUUGGGGGGAAGUUGUUGUUAACAAAGCAAGAAGAGCUGGCCAAUGAGAAAUUAAUGGCCCUCAAAAAUGCAGAGAUUACACAAGCAAUGAAGACGAGUCAUUUUCCACCUAGUAUGCACUUCUUCCGGGCCAAGAAGCUCAUUGAAGAAAGUAAGGUGUUCCAUGUCUUAAAGAAGAUGCCAAAAGGAGCUGCUUUACACCUCCAUGACUUUGGCAUACUGAGUGUUGACUGGUUGGUGAGGAAUGUCACCUACAGACCACAUUGCCAUCUCUGUUUCACUCCACGUGGUAGCCUGCAAUUCAAAUUUGCUCAUCCUGCCCCUCCAACCCCAAAGCCAGAGGACUGUUCUGAAUGGAUUUUGCUAAAGAAAUAUCGGGGGCAGCUGCAGAAUGUCACUGAGUUUGACAACAGCCUGCUGAAAAACUUGACACUGGUGGUGGACAACCCUGAGGUAGCAUACUCGGAUCAAGCCGUCAUUUGGGCAAGGUUUGAAAACACCUUUAUCACUGUUGCUGGGCUUGUCCAUUAUGCACCAGUGUUUAGAGAGUACUUCGCCAGAGGUCUGCAGGAGUUCUAUGAGGACAAUGUCCAGUACUUGGAGCUGAGAGCCACACUGUUCCCGGUCUAUGAACUGAAUGGGCAAACACAUGACAAAGAGUGGUCAUUGAAGACUUAUCAAGAAGUAGCCCAGAAGUUUGCCAAAGACCAUCCUGACUUCGCUGGAGCCAGAAUCAUUUAUAGCUAUCACAGGAAGAAAAAUGUGACUCACAUUGCUGAAUCAGUACAGGCUGCUAUGAAGCUCAAAAUCAAGUUCCCAGAGACCAUGGCAGGAUUUGAUCUGGUGGGUCAAGAGGACAAGGGGUAUUCUCUGUGGGAGCUGAAGGAGGCCUUGAUCCUCCCGACCACUCAAGGUUUUGACUUGCCUUACUUCUUCCAUGCUGGGGAGACAGAUUGGCAGGGCACUUCCAUAGAUGAAAACGUUUUGGAUGCUCUAAUACUGAAUACCACCAGGAUUGGCCAUGGAUUUGCUCUGGGCAGACACCCGAUGGCCAGAAAUAUCUCUUUGAAUAGGGACAUCCCUAUAGAAGUGUGUCCCAUCUCUAACCAGGUCCUGCAGUUGGUGUCUGACCUAAGGAACCACCCGGCAGCUUCUCUAAUGUCCAGUGGGCACCCCAUGGUGGUUAGUUCUGAUGACCCAUCCAUCUUUGGAGCCAAGGGCUUAUCUUAUGAUUUUUAUGAAGUUUUCAUGGGCAUAGGAGGGAUGAAGGCUGACCUGAGGACCCUCAAACAGCUGACAUUGAAUUCAAUCAAGUACAGCUCUCUGUCAGAGGACAAGAAGGAAACCAUUAAGGAAGUCUGGCAGAAGAAAUGGGAUAAGUUUGUGCAUGAUCUGGCCGAGGGGAAGAGGCUAUGAAGUCAUUUAUAUCUAUCGAAAAUUUUCCUGAGGCCAAAGCUGCUGGAACUGAGCCUUCUUGGACAAAUACCUCACAUAGCUAUAUCCUGCCUCAUGUCCUGAUCUUUGGGAGAGAAAAGCAAUAAGCUGGCUCUGGUACCUCUCUGCAAAUCAAUAAAUCUGUGCAAUUCUUCAGA